AUGAAUUACAUUAACAAUCAAUAUCAACUAAUAAGGAAAUUAUCAGCGGGUAGUUAUGGAAUAGUUUAUGAAGGUGAGAAUAUUCCAAAUAAAUCAUCUGUUGCUAUAAAGAUUGAGAAAAAGGAUAAACCUCAAACCUUGGAAAGAGAAGUCUCAGCUUUAUCUCGAUUGUAAAAAAUUACAGGAAUUCCUUAAAUUUAUUGGAAUGGAAUUCAUAAUGGAUAAAACAUAGUUGUUAUGUAGUUGUUAUCUAAGGAUCUCGGAUGCUAUUUAAAAGAGUAUCGAAAAUUCAGUCUAAAAACAGUAUUAAUGAUUGCAGAUUAAUUAAUAUAAAUUUUAAGAAAUGUUCAUUAGAAAUCUAUAUUGCACAGAGAUUUGAAACCUGAAAAUAUCAUGUAUCAUUAGAGAUAAAUUUACAUUGUAGAUUUUGGUAUAAGUAAGAUAUACAAAGAUAACUCUUAAAAGCAUAUGUAAAAUUAGAUUAUUAUGAAAUUUAGACCAUUUAGAGAGGGAAGACCAUUUGUAGGAACUACUCGAUAUGCUCCUAUUGCUGCUCAUAAGGGUCAUGAAUUGAGUAGAAAAGAUGAUAUGGAAACAUUAAUUUAUAUAUUAGUUCUAUUUUUAAAAGGGUAUAAAGAAUUUGUUAAUUUAGAUUAAAGAGUUCUACCAUGGCAACAUUAGAUUUCUUAAAAUAAUAAAGAGAGAUAAAAAAUGAUUGGUGAAAAAAAGAUUAAAUUAAGUUCUACUGAAAUUUGUUAAGAUUUACCAAUCGAAUUUUAAAAAGCUUUAGAGUAAUUAAUAAAUGUUUAAAUUAAGUCAUAUUAAGAGUCUUGGUUUCUCAGUUGAACCUGAUUAUGAUUAUUUAAUAAAUUUGUUUAGGAAAUUAGGUUAAAGACAUGGAUUUGAGUAUGAUAAUUUGUUUGAUUGGUGCAAAGAAGAAGAGAUAAUAGCUUAAGCUAAAAUUAUGUAAUAGAGUGAAAAAUUGUAGCCUUUUUCAAUAAAAUGGUAAUUAUAGACAUAACAAAUUAUUAGUCAAUCUCUAUAAAUCCCUUCCACAUUGGAAUGCUUUGAAAAAAAGUAAUCAUCUGUUUCUAACAUUUUAUAAAAUCCUAUGUAGAUUUCAUAAAGUGCUGUUAUAGUAGAAAUUAAUUCUGAUACAAGUCUUUCUGAUGAUAGUACAAAUUACCUCUAUAAUAAUUAUUAAUAAUUAGAAAACUAUUCAAAUUUGUAUAAAAACCAUCUCUUAAUUAUGAAAAAUAAAUGA